AAUACUUUGGAAAAUGUAUAGCUCAAGUGGUUGAUUGUUGGGUUGAGUUGAUCUCCAAUCUUGGCAAUCAAUUUGCAAAUGUUUCGUCACCAAACAAGGACACAUCAUCAGCUUCUUUGAGUUUUCACCAUAUGUUAAUGUGAAGAGUGAACAGUAAAUGGUUAAUCUUGCUGCGAUCUGGUUCUUAUUAACUGUGGUUUAUCUCGACGUUAAAUUCGGCGUUUGUGACACGCGAAGGAGAACGUUACAGUGAAAAAGCGGCAUUAUCAGGUGUUUCAAGUGCUGCAAUGUCAGCUCAAUCCAGCAUCAAGUCGACGCCGCCCAGCAACAAGGGCAGUAAACCGACAUCAAGUAAGCCCACCCAGGCGUUAUCAGGUGUUCCAAGUGCUGCAAUGUCAGCUCGAUCCGGGAUCAAGUCGAUGGCGCCCAGCGACAAGGGCAGUAGAACGACAUCAAGUAAGUCCACACAGGCAAGAGCCAAGGCAGAAGCCGCCAAGGUGCGACUGCGUUACGCCAAACAAGAAGCAGUUUUGAAAAUGAAACAGGCCACCAGAGAAGUUGAAAUCCAGAAAGAAAAGGCUGCCAGAGAAGCCGAAAUCCAGAAAGAAAGGGCCGCCAGACAAAGAGAAGAGGCUGCCAGAGAAGCCGAAAUCCAGAAAGAAAAGGCUGCCAGAGAAGCCGAAAUCCAGAAAGAAAGGGCCGCCAGACAAAGAGAGGAGGCUGCCAGAGAAGCCGAAAUCCAGAAAGAAAGGGCCGCCAGACAAAGAGAAGAGGCUGCCAGAGAAGCCGAAAUCCAGAAAGAAAGGGCCGCCAGACAAAGAGAGGAGGCUGCCAGAGAAGCCGAAAUCCAGAAAGAAAGGGCCGCCAGUCAAAGAGAAGAGGCUGCCAGAGAAGCCGAAAUCCAGAAAGAAAGGGCCGCCAGACAAAGAGAAGAGGCUGCCAGAGAAGCCGAAAUCCAGAAAGAAAGGGCCGCCAGACAAAGAGAAGAGGCUGCCAGAGAAGCCGAAAUCCAGAAAGAAAGGGCCACCAGAGAAGCCGAAAAGGCUGCCAGACAAAGAGAAGAGGCCGCCAGAGAAGCCGAAAAGGCCGCCAGACAAAGAGAAGAGGCUGCCAGAGAAGCCGAAAUCCAGAAAGAAAGGGCCGCCAGACAAAGAGAAGAGGCUGCCAGAGAAGCCGAAAUCCAGAAAGAAAAGGCUGCCAGAGAAGCCGAAAUCCAGAAAGAAAAGGCUGCCAGAGAAGCCGAAAUCCAGAAAGAAAGGGCCGCCAGACAAAGAGAAGAGGCUGCCAGAGAAGCCGAAAUCCAGAAAGAAAGGGCCGCCAGAGAAGCCGAAAAGGCUGCCAGACAAAGAGAAGAGGCCGCCAGAGAAGCCGAAACCCAGUUGGAAAUGGCAAAAAUAUCGACAGAGUUGCAAGUGCUGCAGCUAGAAAGAGAAGAAGAAGCUGCCACGGCGGAAGCAGAGUACAUAGAAGAACCUGAAGGGUCGCGUGAUCUGACGGCAGUAAGAUCUACUUUAGAAAGGACCAGACUGGAACGCACAAGCGACUAUGUACAAUAUCAAACAGACUGGCAGGCUCGUCUCCCCUCUCCAGACGUAUUCGAUAACUUCCCCAGCUACGAGGAACCUCAGAGAGUCACGAUUGCAUCACAUCCAUACGAGGAAGGAAAUUUACCCUCACGGCUCCGUGAUGAAGUCAAGAAUGAAAGAACCGACAACGCUCCUUCACCCCCACAACAGGACGGUGGGGAGGGAGAGGCUCACUCCAGGACAACAAUUGUCAGCUCGAACUGUACAGAAGUUUGCGGUCAAACUCAGUCAAGCCGUUCUUGUUCCAAGAUCUGCCUCACUGAGGUGUACCCUAAAGAAGCACAACAAGGCAUUACCAAGCGUAAAGUAACCGACGAGACGCUAGGUCAGUCAGUUUUCGUUCAAACCGAGCACGGAAACAAACUUGCACAAUCAGCUCAAGAUACCAUUUCUUUAAAACCCAAAGACACCAAGGUCUUCAGAGAUGAAGCAAAUAAUGGGGUUGCCCCAUUGCCUUUCAGAGAACCACGCCAGCGCUCACCAGAUAACAAAGAGCAGGCAGUCAAACGGUUCACGUCCUUACGGAAAACCCAGAAAAGGAAACCUGAGAUGCAGCAACGCACCCGAUUGGCCCACGAGGUACUGUGCACCCUAAUGGCAGAGGUCACAGCCAUUAUAAACGCACAAUCAUUCCUACCUGUGUCUUCUGACCCAGAAAACCCCUUUAUACUUUCGCCAUCAACGCUCCUUACGCAAAAGGCAGGAGCACCUCCUCCACCAGGAGACUUCUCAGACAAGGAUUUGUACACAAAGCAAUGGAGACAAGUCCAGGCUCUGGCAAAUCAGUUCUGGCCUCGCUGGAGACAAAAAUAUCUACCUUUGUUGCAACAGAGACAAAAGUGGACAGAACCCCGAAGGAAUCUUCAAGUUGAAGACUUAGUCCUGCUCAGGGACAAGCAAAUCGCCCGCAACAGCUGGCCAAUGGCCAGAAUCACUGCUACAUUCCCUAGCGGGGAUGGACAUGUCAGGAAGAUCGAAUUGAAGACUACCGACCAAGGCGAUGUGAAAAUUUACCAAAGGCCAGUUACAGAAGUUAUUCUACUUCUACCCAAUGACUGAUUAAGAGACUAAGUUUUGUACUCUGCUCAUUGUGACCUUACGAAGGUCAAGCGGGGAGUGUGCUGUCUUUACGACAGUUAUUUAGUUUAUAAUAUUUCCGCUUAGUAAUUCAUUCGAUAGUAUUUUCUAGUUAGAAUUAGAAGUGUUUAAAGUAUAUUCAUUGCAUGUAAAAUAUAUCGGCAUGCGAUGACAUCACAUCCGGUUUCGCCGCGUCUUGUGGGAAAAUACCGGUUUGGAAUUAACGCGAGGGUGGGGGCUCACCACGAGGCUCACCGGAGCAGAAGUUGUUUUGCAGGCAUGAGAAAUCACAGUGAGAGCAACGCUGUAAGUUAAUAGAUAAUCGAUAUAUUGAACUAAGAUGUUAAUGCCGAUCCUGUUAGAAGUAACGACGGUCGAUAAUGUUUAUGCUUUCGUUAGUUAAAGAGUCGCGGAUAGUUUGCAUGGAAGUCUAUUUAAAGUAGUCAAUGGAGCAGGUAAACUCUCCCUGUAUACUGCACCUUAGUGUAAUGUAGUUAUAGUCACCUUUGCAAGUAUUUACACUUGAAAUGUGAUAUUAAGGAAGGAACAAAUACUGUAUCAAUCUUGUAUUGUUUUAUCAACAGUUUUCACCAUAUGUUAAUGUGAAGAGUGAACAGUAAAUGGUUAAUCUUGCUGCGAUCUGGUUCUUAUUAACUGUGGUUUAUCUCGACGUUAAAUUCGGCGUUCGUGACACGCGAAGGAGAACGUUACAAGCUUUCUGAGAGAAAUGAUGGUUUGCAGCUUUUAAUGAAUCAAAUGAAUUUAAUCAAAACUGCACAUGAAUCUAAACUCUUAUUGUCACAUGAUGUGUUAUUUUUAAUAUUGUUCCAGAAAUAAAUAAAUUUUGAUCCAA